AUGUGGAAAUCAAAGGCAAGUAGCAUUAGCACUGUUAAUUCCCCCAAGGAAAACAAAAGAACAGGAUACACGAUUCCAGCCGGCUGGAUGGUGAUGGUUAUAUCAUCGGUGGUUCAUCUUGAUCCUGAGAUCUAUGAAAAUCCUUUUGAGUUUAAUCCAUGGAGAUGGGAGGGGAAAGAGUUGCGGUCUGGAUCAAAAACGUUCAUGGUGUUUGGAGGGGGGAUAAGACAGUGUGCUGGUUCAGAGUAUGCGAGGCUUCAGAUUUCAAUAUUCCUUCAUCAUCUUGUCACCACUUACGAUUUCUCUUUGUCCAAAGACUCUGAGGUUGUUCGAGUACCAAGUCCCUUCUUCCCCAAUGGCUUCUUUAUGAACAUCUCCAAGUGUUCUAAUAAGUGA